UUGAGUUUUUCCUUUUGGUAAAUAAAAAAGUCAACGGUGAUUAUUGAUGAGCUUGUAGAAGAUUCUGAAUAAUCAAUUAGUCAGAAACUCAUCAAAUACCAAAUUCUCGAAUCUUCUACAAGCUCAUCAAAUACCAUCAACCUUUUGUGAUAUUGAAUGUGCAGAUAUGUAAUGAUUCUGAAUAUGCUAAUUGCGACCGUGGUAUUCUUUUAGUUUGUUUCCCCUCCAACCAAGUAACUAAAUAAAAAGUUACAAUAUAGCUCUCAACAAUACUUAUAUUCUGGUCUAAUUCAUAAUUGCAUAGGAAAUGGCAUUCCCUAUAGGAAACGGUGAUUUGGAGCUUGGAGAUGUAAUGAUUCAAGACACCUUCCAAAGUCUUCUUGAUUCUAUAGAAAACGAAGAAAACCAUAACCGCAGUUUGCCAUAGAUUGCCAAAGCACCUCGUACUCUACGAGAACUUAACCCCAGUUCUUUUAACCCUCGGGUGGUCUCUAUUGGACCUCUGCAUAGAGACGAUAACAAUGUGCAAGCAUUUGAAAAGCAGAAAAUAAUUUGUUUGAAUAAACUAAUGCGUCGUACAAGUCCCUCAUUUGGGAAUUUAUUGAAAUCAUGUGUGCAGAAGGCCUACUCUUUAAUGGAACAAAUCAAGGCAUUUUAUGUUUGGGAGAACGCCAUUCCUAAUGCGGUACUUGCCAAAAUGAUGGUUGUGGAUGCUUGUUUCAUACUUGAGUUCAUUUACUGGUAUCCGAAAUCUGAUGAACCAUUUUCGGGAAAUAGGUUGCUACCCAAAAAUAUAAUUUUUGACUUGGUAUUGCUAGAAAACCAGAUCCCUUUGUUUUUUCUUAAGGAAAUAUAUGAGUGCACAAUAUUGGAAAAUGAUCCUAAGCUCUCCUUUAUUGAAUUUAUUCAUCCAAUUUUAAAUGAUCUCAGCCUCUUUGAAGAUGAAAUAGAAAUCAACGAAAUUUCCAUUGAUACAGCCCCUCAUAUUCUAAGCCUUCUACAUGAAUGCUACAAGCCUCAAAAAUCUAUUAAAUCAAAAUACUUAGAGUCACCAAUCCAUUCGGCUGUAGAUCUAGAUAGGGCAGGGGUCAGGUUCAAACCUAACCAAAGUCCAAAAUGGCCCAUGGAGAUGCAUGUGACGUCAUCUAUGUUCCCAUGUUUUUCAUGGUGUUGGGGUAACACAACUCUUAGAAUGCCAGUAUUUCUUGUUCAUGAUUUCACAGAGUUGGUGUUAAGGAAUCUCAUUGCAUACGAACACUCCUACCAAACUCGUAAUCAUAUUACAUCAUAUGCUUUUGCCAUGGAUAUGCUAGUUAAUACUCAAGAAGAUGUUGCCAAGUUGGUAGAUUCAAAAGUCCUUAUCAACGACAUGGGUUCAAAUGAAGAAGCUGCUAAUAUGAUCAACAUCAUAUGCAAAGAAGUUACAGGUGAAGAUUCCUAUUACUGUAAACAAUGCGAAACGUUGAAAGAGUAUUGCGAUGGCUAUUGGCCAAAAAAUAUAACUUGGUUGAAGAAAACUUACUUUAGCAAUCCAUGGAAUAUCAUUGCUUUAUUUGCCGGAAUCAUUCUAUUUGCUCUAACCGUGGUUCAAACCGUAUUUACUAUUACGUCUGCUUGAAGCAACUAAAAGAGUUUUAGGGGUGUUUGGAGCGAGGAGAAGUAAAAGGGUACUUGGCAGUUCAAGAGAGGGGUCUUUUCUGGAUGAUACGCAUGAGAAGUGAAUUUGAUGUUUGGAAUAUUUUUCA